AUGGCACCAUUGACAAUUGAAUUGAAAUGGUCCUCCAAACGCUUUACUUUUCAAUUUGAAGACGAAAACGAGCUCGAAAAAACAACAGUACGAGAGCUGAAAGCUAAAUGUCAGAAAGUAACAGAAGUAAAAUCAGAUUUCAUCAAACUAUUGGCCAAUGGAGCUGUGAUGCGUAAUGAUGAAAUGACUUUGGCCGAUUAUAACAUCAGAGAUAGAGCCAAGGUUAUGAUGAUGGGAUCAUUGCAAAAGAAUAAGAAAGAAAGUCAUGAACAAGAGGUGCUAAUUAAGCUUCAAAGCAUUCGUCCCAAGAUUGGGCGUGCUCUUGCAGCCCUUGAAGACUAUCAAUUGACAGUGGAAGGCUAUCUGGUGAAAGCCGAGAGAGACGUAAAAAAGACAGAACGUCUACUGUAUCAUGGUAGAGGACUUGGAGAGGAAUUGAUGCAGAUAUUGAUGCAGUUGGAUACGCUUUUGUGUGAGUCUCUCAGCCAGGCUAUUCGCCAGGAGCGCAAAGAUAACGUGAACACUGUCCAGGGAUUGUUAGACAGAUUGGACAAUAUCAAAAGGAAGUUAUGAAUUAAGGUUAUCAAGGAGAGUAAAUAAAUUACAAAGUAUAUAUAUAUAGAUACUUUUAUCGUUCGUGCGCAAAUAAAAUUGGUUUAUCCAUUUACUUCAU